UGGAAAACGUAAGCUACUAUCAUUAAUCAAACUGAAAUUCAAAAUAGGUGAGCGUAUAUGCUUUUGAAUAUCGAACAAUUUCCGGCUGCACACCCCCACACAUGAUUCGAAUUCUCGCAUCAAUCUUAGCUAACUUCAGAUGCGGAUAAAGAAACGUCAUACUUUGACAUUUCAUUUCACGUGUAUUUAGCAUCUUGUUUUGAAAUGAUUGAAGACAUGAGAAAUAUGAAUUUUUCUGUUGUUUACGUUGGAUAAAUAGUUCAUAAUUUGUGAAAAAUACGCGUUUACGUUAUAUAGUAUAUAAAUCCACAAGAAGUGACUAGUGAUUUUGGGAAUUAAGCGCAUAAAACCGAGUUUAUAAUCCACAAUGUCAACGUCUUUAGCAGAACAAUUGCGCCGCCUGGCCGCACCCCAAACGUCGAUUCUAUUCGACAGCAAAAAGCGACCAUCGAUCCUCUUCGACCCUAAAGAAGCAGCCGAAAAAGAUCGCUCGACAAUUUUUGAAAUUGGCUACAAUGGCCUCAUGGAACUCGCCGCCCUGAAUCCAGUCUUUUUACAAUUCGAGCAGACUCUUUUUGAUCGCACCACAAUGACCUUCGAACGUUCCGUAGAGAGUCAAGAAGUAAAUAAGCAAUUGAACCAGACGAUAAAACGUUUCUUCUACUGCUUGUCGCCGUAUUUCAUGCUGCAACCAGCUCACAUGUGUCUCGAAUGGCUCAUUCGUCGCUACCAUAUCCAUCGAUUUAAUAGGAGCGAACUUCUGCAGCUAAUCUUUCCGUAUCACGAAACGAAGAUGUUUAUUCGAUGCCUGCAAGUCCUGACAUUCAAGAAUACCAACGAUGACUGGAGUUGGCUGUUGCCCGUUCAAGGUCCUGGGGUGCCACUUUCGCGAUCAGCCGUUUUGAAUCGAGCCGCAUCCGAUCCAGCUUUUUUGAAAUUCAUUUGUAAGUCGACAGUCGAUGCCGUGAAAGAACUCGACACGAAAGCACACACUUUGCAGGCUCAGUUUGCAUUCUAUUGCACGUCUGUCAUUGGCGCUCUUGAGUACGCCUCUGAAAUAGCAGAAUGGCAUGUUUCAACGCUCCUUUCAUCUGUCCUAAAGGGGAUGAGCUCAAAAGUGCUGGAUUUUUGUGCCGCCGCAUAUAUGAUUGCAGCUCAACUGGUUGCGAAGACUCAGCUUUCAUCUAAAUUGCUGCAGGCGCUGAUAUCGAAAGUGAGUCAAGUGGAACAUGCAAGGCUACAUCGAGGUGCUCUCUCGCUGCUUAUACUGAUUUUCCAAAAUCAAUCCGCGAAUGUGCAGCAACUUUCACUGGAUGCAUUGAAAAAGCUGAUUUCGCAUGAAUGGAUUCCCGCGUCGAUUGACACACUCGCGAAACAAGGAGCAGUGGUUAGUUCACUGUGUGAGCCACUUGUCGGCGGGUGCUUGCAGGUAGUUCAGACGAAGGGAGACGACUGGCAAAAGUGUCAAUCGUUUUUGGAAAACUUUCUUAUGAUUGUGCACCUCAAAGGUGGUGAGGCGAUUAAUUUGAUCAGAUGCGUUCUUGAUAACUAUCGCAAUCAGAAGCAUAACGAUCAUCACCAAGACGAUGGAGUCAUUGAAAUCGACUCAGAUGAUGAGGAUGUUCUGAUGGUCGGAGUAGACGUCCAAGGCUGGUAUUCUGGAAUUCUGCAACGACUGGAAAACCAAUACCCGGAGGAAUUUGAGUUUGUAUUGAAAGAGACAAUGCAAGGACGAGAAAAUAUUUCAGAGUCAAGACGUGAAGUUUUGAAAUCAGCUCUAGCUUUCCACUUGAAGUCGCUCUAUUCCGAGGACAAUGCCGAAAUUUACGCAAACCUUUAUCAUUAUCAGGCACGGAAUCGGGUCGAAGCGGUCAAGUUUCUGGUAGACAACAUUGAGAAGCUUUCACUAUCGAAAGACGAUGCAGUUCUGAAGGAUUGUCUUCUAGAUCGAUUGAGUGACGACGAACCGAAAGUUUUGCUGGAAAUUUUGAAUUUACCUACAGCCAGGAUGGUCGCUUUGCUUGGAUUAGAGACUACUGCUCUGAAAUUAAUUGAAAUUCUGUAUAAAAGGAAGCCUAAGAGCGAGAGAUGGACGAAGGUACUGGUCGAAACUGUGAAACAUCUUGCGCGCAAGUCAGUCUGGAAAGACGGCCCCGUACACAGGAUUAUAUUAGCCAUUGUCCCAUUUCUCUUCCCUAUGUCGGAACAUGAACGUCUGAUCCUGAAGGAAGUUGUCGUGAGCGACUUGGCUGACAUUCAUCCAUUAUUUAAAAAAAUUGCAAACCAGGCUUUGAAAUUAAAGAAUAUUGAAGAGGUUUGUGCGCGAAAUGAAGAGCUCUUGAAGUCUCAGAAAAGAUUAUUGGAGGUUGAAAAUCUUUUGUCAGCGUUCACUGAUCCUCGCGACAGUCUUGGCUUUUUGAUUAUUAUUUUCUCGUACAAGGAUCAAUCAAAUGUGACACUAAGCGUACAAUUUGUGCAACAUGUCCUGGAGAUAAGCAGUAAAUAUAGAUUAGUGACUCUUGGUGAAGGCAUGCGAUGGUACGGAGCAAUCAAAAAGAAUGAAAUUCCACUUCCGCUUUUCCUUGACUGUCUACAAACUAUAGCUGAGAAGGCUGAGAUAACUAAAUCCCAUUCAGAAUCAACAACUAAUCCUGUGUUCGUGAAGAUAUUUGAGAUUUUACUGAUUAAAUCUUUCGAAAGUUCACCUGAAAAGGGAAAGAAAGAGUACUCUGGCGCGCUGAGCUCAAUUCUAGCCACAUCAUUCCCCACGCUUACAGAGAAACUCGAGUUUUUGUCCACUUACUUCUUACAAGAUUGCGUUGAUGAGUCGGAGAAAAAUCUUGAAAUACAAAUUCGUGCGAUUCGUUUGUUUGGAAUUGCAGUGAAGAGCGCUGACAACACGACACGACUUACAAACGAGUCUUGUGCGAAAGUUCUGGUCGCUCUCUGUAACAAAACCGAAUUUGUUCGGGAAUGCGCAUUGGAGGCUUUGAAAAUGAUAUAUGAGAGCCCAUUGACCAGUCUCUAUUCCACGUAUCCUCAGCUCGUACGGGCGAUUCUGGAAAGAUCUGAUGAGAUUAUUAUGGAUCACGAACAGUUUCCACUCAUCUUGUUCUCAUUAGUGAAAGAUAAGAAGAUUAAAGAUGCGCUCGGCCAACUUAUUGACGUUAUUGAGAAACCAGCGACCAGUAACACUCUCAAAGCGGAAGUUCUGAAUAUGCUAAUUCAUGUGAACGACAAUCGCGUAUUUAAAAAACUGGUAGGCAUCGGCCUGAAGACUUUAGAAUAUGUUGAGCAACUGGACGAGAACACUCCCAUUCUGGAUAGAGUACGAUCGCGUAUUUUGUAUUUAAUCAUAAGAAAGAUCGAUGGGUUCACGAUAAAACUAGUCAACGAAGAGCCGAACGCUUCAAUUUUCAUCCGGAAAAUUUUCAAAUGCCAUCGCGUGAAGUCAAGUCACGACGCUAAACCAGUCUCAAUCGCUGUGGCUUUACUAGAAAACUUCGACACAGAACUUUACGACAAACUCACUCCGAAAUUGAGAUCUGAAUUCCUGGAAGAAGUGGUUACGGCGCUUACUUUCAACGAAGACGCUGCACUAGUUUCUGCUGGCAAUAAGUUUGUGAAACGCAUCACGCUGAACACUGACUUCAUCGGGCCCAUUCUGAAGGGUAUGCAGAAGGCUUGCAGCUCAACGUCACCGGAAAAAACCAAACGAAAUAAGCCGGUCGCACACAACCCCGAGGUUUUCAAUAAUCCACAAUGGAAAAAGGGGAUAACUUUGCUGGAACUCAUACAAAACAAAAAGAAAAUGGCUGGACACAAAUCCAUCAUUGUUCCGCUGGCAGAGAUCCUUGAACAAUGUUUGAAAUUCGAGGAACAGUCCAACUUCGAGUACGCCAAACAACUCGUUCUUUCUGCUUUACUUCAAUGCCUGCAAGAUCCGACUGUUUGUUCGAAUCUAAAGGGGGAGGUGCUUCGUGUAAAUCUGGUCGUUCAAUGUAUCCGAGACACACAGAACCCCCAAACCCAUCAUCACGCCCUGCUACUCCUCGCCAAAUGUGCCACGCUAUUUCCAUCACAAGUGCUGGAUAAUAUCAUGGUUAUUUUCACAUUCAUGGGAUCAUCUGUAGUCCGUCAUGACGAUGCGUUCAGUUUCCAGAUAAUCACACGAAUCAUUGAAUCAAUCGUGCCAACCUUGGCAGGAAUAGACUCCGAUCAGGAUCGUGACAAACGAGUCAUACACUUACUAAGGGAGUUCUCUGUUAUCGCGCUUGAUGUGCCAGAGCAUCGCAGGCUUCCGUUAUAUACGAAAUUAAUACGGACGUUAGGGCCAGAAAAACAUCUUUGGAUCUUCCUUUGUCUUCUCAUGGUAAAGCACGUAACGCAUGAUGACAAGAGUAAAACUCCACAGCCCCAUCGGUUCUCUAAAGGUGACGUUCCCAAGAGAGUUGAAUUCGCGCUAUCAUUGAUCAAGGACUUUGAUGUAAAAGUAGGCUUAGACACUUGCAUGGCCUUAUUCGAUUAUAUCUGCAAGCUACCAACGGACACCGAUGAAGCCAUGGAAACUGAUGAUGACGAAACUGUCCUGCUCGAUAUGAAAACAUGCAAACCAAAAGAACUGCGACAUUUCAAAUAUGUUCUCGUUCAGAUAAUGAGUGCUUUCACAUCAUCGACCGAAUUCCUCAAUCAAAUCGCAGCCUUGAGUGGCGAGGAGACAAAAGCAAUGAAACCAUACUACCAAGAGUUCAUCAUCAAAAUCCUGUGCUAUGUUCCUCGAGUUACAGGAGCAAUGGAACAAAAUUCAGAUACGAAUCAGCUCCAAUAUUGGAAAGUUAUGCUGCAUCACUGUUACGAUGUAUUGGAAAACGCCAUCUCCCUCCUCUCCCCUGAGAUGUUGCUAAUCGUGGUCCAAGGCCUCAUGCAGCACAGGCUCCUAAGUGUUCGAAAGAAAGUCAUUGAAAUCUUGAUCGCAAAACUGCAAUACAAAACCGAUUUCUUCAUCAAUUGCAACGAUGAGCACUUGAUCAAUUUGCUUCAAUCUCUGAACGAUUUCCUGGAGACAAUUUUCAACAAAGACCAAUCAGCGCCGAAUGACAUGCUUUACAUUCAACAAAGCGCUCUAAUCGCCAUCAAAUUACUCUCUCGGUUCCUGGCUGAAAAACACACCGACGUCUUCAAGGAAAUUUUGAUAAAGUUAACCAAAAUCCUGAAAAAACACGAUUCAGUGCCAAGAAUUGUUUUAGCUGCGGUCCUUCUUGCUACUACGGAAAUUUGCUCCAAUUUAAAAGCGCAUGCAAUCUCCCAUCUCUCGAAGUUCAUGCCGUACAUUAUCGAAGUUUUGCAGGAACAAGCAGACAUUCUAGCCGAGCAACCAUGCGAUAAUAUUUCCAUUGCAAUCGUAACUUCCGUUCAAAAACUUUUCGAUACUCUCCCACUUUUCCUGGGACCGUACAUGGUAGACAUAUUGAGCGCGUUGGUAACAGUUUGGGUUCGUCUGGAGAAGUACCCAAAUGAGCCACGAACAAAUAUUAUAAUCACUAAAUUGACAGCAAUCUGGGGAAAAAUAGCUGGAACUAUCCCUCUACGAGUCAUCAUACCUGCCUGCGAGAAGACCUACACCAAACUUACCGACGCCCAGCAAUACGUAGAAAUCAAGUACCUCAUGAAGUUGCUGAAUGAAUGCUUCGCGAACGCUUCUAGUGACGACAUCCAAAGCUUGCAAGUGGAUGUCGCUGAUUUUUACAUUAGCGUUCUGGACUUCCGAGUGAAAAAUGCGAAAAUCGUGGGAGAAGAAAAUGUCCAGAAUACAGAGGAGUCAAUUUUGGACUCAUUCGUUUCGCUUGUUUUGAAAUUAUCGGAAAGCUCCUUCCGUCCUCUGUACCAAAAAGUCUAUGACUGGGCCAUGCGGAAAAAUGAAGAAAAGGAUCGAGUUAUAACUUACUUUGUACUUUCUGCGAAAAUCGCAGAAGCCCUCAAAUCACUAUUCGUCCUAUUCGCAAGUGAUAUCAUCAAAGACGCUGCAGAACUGCUGGACCAAUGCAAUUCAUCCAAAACUGAAUCGGAUCUAUACUUCCCUGGCUCAAAUCAGAAGAACAAAUUGUUGAUCAAGAACAUCCUGAAAACCUUACAUAAAAUAUUCCUACAUGACAGCAAGGACUUCAUCAAUGAACAUCGUUUCGACAUCUUAAUGCAACCCUUGGUCGAUCAGCUUCAGAAUCCCCUUAUCAUCGAGGAUGAAUCACUGACAGGGUCGUUACAAUCCUGUCUAUCACAAUUGGCGCUUGUUACCCACAACGACACACUCUGGAAACGACUCAACUAUCAAAUCCUUUUGAAGACACGCAAUAACAAUCCGGAAAUUCGAAUUGCCGCAAUAAAUUGUUGCGUUCAAAUGGCUCAAAAACUAGGAGAACAGUUUAUUCCAUUGUUACCGGAAACAGUGCCAUUUAUCGCUGAGUUGUUUGAAGAUGAGGUGGAGAGGGUCGAGAAAUCGUGCAGGCGUGGAACACAAGAAAUGGAAAAAUCGCUUGGUAUAUCACUUCAAGAGUAUUUUUAAGGAUGUUGUAACUGGAAAUAUGAAGUUUUGAUAACUUUAAUUGACAAUUGUUUUAUGAAUAAAUGAUAUAGAAAGUUA